AUACUCGAUCAAGGGGGUCCGGAUGGGAAACACCUCCCGGAGCCAGUUUGUUGACCGCCUUUGUACCGUGGGGGCUGCUUUAAAAGGCAUUCGUAGGCAGCAUCUUUCUUUGUCAAUUGAAGUCAUCUAGAUUGACUCUCUUGUUUCUGUGAAGGUUGCAGGUCUGGCUGGAUCCAAUUUAUCUGUACGUAUCUCGCAAAACGUCUCGAUUGAGGAGCUCUCUUUCUUCGUGGUGGAGCUGUUUCUGCCUCCCCGCAAUAAGUAUCGGCGUGAUGUACUUAUGCAAUACAGAGAUAUCGUUCUAACAGCGGAGUUUAGGUCUUUUCGAUCUUCUUGAAGUCACGUUUACUUCAUAUCCAGCUCAAUUGCACCUUUUUUUUUUAUAUAUAAUUUCGACGUGCUCUUUCUGCUUUGCCUCACUUUCGUUAUUUUGUUAUACGCAAGUACACCAUGGCCCCAACCAAGCUGAGAGUGGGAUGCGCCGGUCUCGGUCGCAUGGGCAAGCGCCAUGCCCUGCAUUUCCUAGAACGCACACCCCGGGCGGAAUUGGUGGCUGCUAGUUCUCCCGAUGAUGAGGAGCUCAAGUGGGCAAAGGUUCAUCUGGAGCCUUUCGGGGUGAAGCUAUACAAGAAUUACGAUGACAUGCUGAAGCAUGAGGGCCUCGAAGCCGUGGUUGUUGCUUCUGCGACAGCUGUCCAUGCUGAGCAGGCAAUCAAGGCCAUUGAGGCAGAGAAGCACGUUCUGUGCGAAAAGCCCCUAUCAACCAAUGUUGAGAUUUCCCAAACUGUCGUGGAUGCAGCUGUAAAGAAGCCACACCUGAAGGUAAUGUGUGGUUUCUCUCGUCGAUUCGAUGCUUCCUACCGCGACGCAUACCAGAAGAUGCAGAGUGGUCUCAUCGGACGCCCAUCCGUGGUCCGCAGCCAGACCUGUGACAAGCUUGACCCUAGUGGUUUCUUCGUUGCCUACGCGCAGUUUUCCGGUGGCAUCUUCGUCGACUGCUCCAUUCAUGAUAUCGACCUGGCCCUCUGGUUCUUCGGUGACGAUGCGAAGGUCAAAUCGGUGUCCGCGGUGGGUAUCACGGCAGUUGAGCCCGACCUGCGCAAGUACAACGACCGUGACAACGCGGUCGGUCUGGUUGAGUUUUACGACGGACAGAUUGCCUACUUCUACGCAUCGCGCAUGAUGGCUGCGGGUCAGGAGGAUUCGACCGAAAUCAUUGGCACCAAGGGUAAGCUGAGCGUCAACACCCAGCCUGCCUCGAACCUGGUCAACAUCUACGAGCCCACCGGUAUCCGUCGGGAGAUCCCGCAGCACUACUAUGACCGCUUUGAAUGGGCAUUCGUCACGGAAGCCAACGAGUUUACCGCUGCUUGCUUGGACAACAAGGAGGCUCCGUUGAAGAUUGACGGUGCCGUCAAGGCCGUCCGCAUCGGAUGUGCUCUGCAGGAGUCGCUGAUUACCGGAAAGAAGAUUUUCUUCGACGAAGCCGGCAACAGAGUGGAAAAGAGCAACCUGUGAACGACGAGAAAGAUAAAGAUGCCCCUGAAAAAGAAUAAUUCGGAAGCCAUGGUUGACUUUUGCAUUUCGCUAUUCUUGCUUUCUGUCUUUCUAUGGGUGGGUACAUACUGCUUUCCCGCAAGUCAUGGCUAUAGUUAUCAUUUUGUCGUUAUUCAGAAUCGCGGGUUUCGUACAUUUGGGAAUAGGAUAUAACUAUCAGAGUUUAAUAUCAUACUUUUUAUCGUUUUCAUCUUUUUUUUUUUUCCUAUGAAAGUGAUAAUGACAAAAGAAGAUGAUGAUUGCGAACGAUUGUCUCGGUUUGAGAGACAUCUUCUAAGCUCACAAUCAUCAGUUUUAUACAGUACAUCAUAUACCAUUAUCUUGCAUAUGUACUUCGCGUUCCCGUCUCCCCCACGCC